GCGUCGCGUGCAUCAACUUCCGAUGUCACGGGGUACCUGGGAGUCGGAGCAAAAAAGCGGGCACAACGAAAUCUUUGCUGUUUUUUGUAGACUUUAAACACCAGAAGGCGUAAACAUUUGGAUUAUAUCGUCACAUAACCACAUACUGUGGGGUUGUGACGAAGCUGGAUUUGCAUCGGGCUUCAAAAAGAGUCUCAUUCAUUCGGAUUUCGUAGCCUAGCUAGCUAGCAGACGAGCCUCCUCGGCGGUGUGGAGCAGCGGGCCUUUCUUCUGGACUUUGCUACAAGCUAGUUAGCUGCCAUUAGCGGGCUAACACAAGCGAGCACGUUUUUCAUUUUAUCGUGGUUGUAUCUGUUACAUUUGAACAAAUACCACAUUGCUAAUGUGUGUGAUACCACCUAUCGUUUGGUAGGUUUGUUUUUGAGCUGUGUUUUCGCUUUCCGAGGUGAACUUUUUCGAAGCGCUAUCACCGAGGCGCUUGCAUUUCAAAGUGCUCACUUUCUUGCUAGCUUAAGCUAGCCUCCGCCAACCGAACAACGCCGUCUUCGAAGGCGUAGUAGUAGGCUUCAAUCCAGAGAUGUCGGAUUUUGACGAAUUUGAAAGACAACUGUCUGAGAACCAUCAAGGCUCAGAAAGGGACAAAGAGAACCGCCACCAUCGUCGGUCUUCGUCCCGCAGCCGGAGCAGAGAGAGGAAGAGGAGGAGCAGAGACAGGGAUAGACGCAGCAGGGACCGCCGUGGGGACAGUAAGGAGCGGAGACACCGGCGCAACUCACCAUCCGCCUACCCCCAAGAAAACACUGCAAGCCGAUCUCCCCACCGUGAAAAGAAGAAGAAGAUCAAGAAGUAUUGGGAUGUUCCUCCUCCUGGUUUUGAGCACAUCACUCCCAUGCAGUACAAAGCCAUGCAAGCUGCAGGCCAGAUCCCAGCCACAGCUCUCCUGCCAACCAUGACUCCAGAUGGACUGGCUGUCACUCCCACUCCUGUACCUGUAGUGGGGAGCCAGAUGACCCGACAGGCCCGUCGGCUUUAUGUGGGUAACAUCCCCUUUGGUAUCACAGAGGAGUCAAUGAUGGAUUUCUUCAAUGCUCAGAUGCGCUUGGGUGGUCUCACUCAAGCCCCCGGCAACCCUGUUCUUGCAGUACAGAUCAACCAGGAUAAGAAUUUUGCCUUUCUUGAGUUUCGUUCAGUUGAUGAAACUACACAGGCAAUGGCCUUUGAUGGCAUCAUCUUUCAAGGCCAGAGUCUGAAAAUCCGUCGUCCACACGAUUACCAGCCCUUGCCUGGCAUGAGCGAGAACCCCAGUGUCUAUGUGCCUGGUACACAGACAAUUAAUGAUCGUCUAGGUGUGGUGUCGACUGUGGUACCAGACUCGGCUCAUAAGCUCUUCAUUGGGGGUUUGCCCAACUACCUAAAUGAUGACCAGGUGAAGGAGCUGUUGACAUCCUUCGGGCCUCUGAAGGCCUUCAAUCUGGUCAAAGACAGCGCCACAGGCCUCUCCAAAGGAUACGCUUUUUGCGAAUACGUUGACGUCAACUUGAACGAUCAGGCUAUUGCAGGACUGAAUGGCAUGCAGCUCGGAGACAAGAAGCUGCUGGUGCAGAGAGCCAGUGUGGGAUCCAAGAACGCUACUCUGACGAGUAUAAACCAGACCCCAGUGACACUGCAGGUACCAGGCCUGAACAGCUCUGUGACUCAGAUGGGAGGCCUCCCCACGGAGGUGCUAUGUCUGAUGAACAUGGUGGCCCCCGAAGAGCUCCUGGAUGAUGAGGAAUAUGAGGAGAUCGUGGAAGACGUCAGGGAGGAGUGCGGCAAGUAUGGCCAGGUGAAGAGUAUUGAGAUCCCCCGUCCUGUGGACGGCCUGGAAGUUCCUGGAACUGGCAAGAUCUUUGUGGAAUUCACUUCGGUUUUCGACGCCCAAAAGGCCAUGCAGGGGCUCACAGGGAGGAAGUUUGCCAAUAGGGUGGUGGUGACCAAAUACUGCGAUCCAGACGCUUACCACCGCCGGGACUUCUGGUAGAGGAGGCAUUGAGAAGAGGAGCAGGGGGUGGGGAGGGAGGUAAGGGGACAUCAUGUGUAUUACCCGUUUCAAAAGCCUAAAUUGAUUUGUUGGGGCAACAUUUCACAUAGAUCUUGGAUUAAUAAUCCCUUUGACAAAUGGCUUCGGUGACGUCCAGAUAAUUAUUUGAGAUCUAUGGGGAUGUGUCCAGCAGUGAAAUGUUUGAUUCGGAGGAGGGGGGGUGUAAAUGGAAUGCAUAGAUUUGGGAGGUAGUCAUGUAACCGGGUGGGAAGGGACAAUUUCUCAGAAAUGUGUGUAAUACUUUGGCCAGGGGGGGUUAAUGAUUUUUUUUUUUCUUUUUUAUACUUUGAGACGAGGAUGUCAUUUAGGGUGGGAGGGGGGCGCAACUCUUUAGGGUUUGUAUUUAAAUGGAGGUAGCCUGUUUUAAGAACGUUAGGGAGCUGCUGUAGAAAAUGUACUGGAUGAUUCAGGCCAAGAAGGAUGGAAAAAAGAAACAAAAAAACAACAGAAGUGUGUGUUUCUGAAAGGAAGAUGUAGGGGAGAUGAAGAGGAUUUUCAUUUGACCACCUAAUGUAGAUACACCGUAGCUGUAACGCCAUCCUCAGAAUUUGUCGGAGAGGCUUUUCUGUUUUAGAUUUAUUCCUUCUUUUUAUGCUUUCAUCUUUUCCCCCCUUCAGGACGGUUGUUGUUUGACUGGACCUGUUCUGAAUGUUGUAAUUCUUCAAAUACUGUGCGUCGCUUCACUGAUUUGAGCUGUGAUAUCAUAUAUUCAAUUAGCAAAAGUUCAUUAUUUUUACAUCCUUAGCUUUAACUUUACCCAUCCAGUCUUUUCUGAACAGCUCCUUAACACGUGAAAAAGUUUCAUCCAGGAUGAAAAAUAAAAAAUUGGAGAAUUCAUAUUGGUGGGGAUAAAUCUCCUCCUCACCAGCAAGCCUUAACCUUCAUGUGGAUUCGCCUGUGAAAGAAAUUCGGCUUGCCCCCUUUAUUCACUCACGGUCUGUAAGUUCAGUCUUUAUUUUCAGUGUGUGUUUGUGUGUGUGUGCAACGUCUCACUUCUUUGACAAGACCAAUAAACAUGUAACUAACAUCCACGUCUCAUGUUGUUUUGCCGUUUAAAACUUUUUUGCUGUUUUUGCCAACAUUGAAGAGUUACUUUUUAAAAACCAGUUUUGUAAAAUAAACAAACAAAUUAACCAGCUCAAAUUUAGCAUGAAGUAUCUUACAAAUUUCAUUGGUGUUAAAAGUUAAUCUACCAGUAAAUUUAAGAUGUUUUCUGUGCGGAGGAUAAAGCUGUAGAAUAUAAGCCUGCAUGUCUCAUCUCCCUUAUCAUCUUCCUUUAAUUCUGAGGACCACACGUUCACACUGUACGGGCUCGUGAAAACCUAAGCUUCUUCUUUGAUACUUCAGCCAUCAUUGCGGUGUCAGUUAUAACACAUUUGAGAUGUUACUCUACUUUCUGAAAUUCUGCUUUUUCUGUGUCUGUCUUUAAAAAAAAAAAAAGAAAAAAAGGUUUUUAUUUCAGUGGGAAAAAAAAUAAAAUGUGAUUUCUCAAAUGAUUUAACCGAAAAAUCCACAUUUAGUUUAUUAAGGCAAAAAGCAAGUCUUUCAUUUGUCCACUAUGUUUCCAAAUGUUGAUUAAAAACUGAAUUUACA